AUGAGGAUCAUUAGCUUUCGUUUCGAGCUCUGCUUGCUGUUAAUUAUUGUAUCAUGGGUGCUGGCGACAUUCGUGUGGUUCACCCAGUUCUAUAAGCAGCAGGAAUCGCGGCCUGUUGACGAGCAAGUGCCUAUGCCAGUUGGAAACUAUGCCGCAGAGUUGUCGAGCUACACGAACUUCACACGAGGUGAGGCGAAGCCAUCAGGCUAUGCGACGCUCAGACAUGAGCCGGAGAGGAAGCCGAGCUGGAAGCGCAUUUUGGAGAAGCCGAAACUUACGCUCGGCUUCAGCUACAGCAAUGGCCGCACGAAUGUGCAGUAUGUGCUGGGCGUGCCCACGGUGCAUCGGAAGCAUACAAAGUAUCUGGAGCAAACGCUGGAGCAGCUGAUUGAGUACCAGACAGAGUUUCAGCGCAGCCAUUGCCUGAUCGUCGUCUAUAUUGGUGAGACAGAAGCCUCGCUCGUGCAGUCCAUUUGGCAGCAGAUCAAUGGGAAGUUUGGCCGGUAUUUGGAUGACGGUCUGAUCGAUGUCAUCUCACCGCCAGUCAGCUACUAUCCAGACUUUAAGUCGAUCUAUAUAACGCUAAACGACGAUCCAGAGCGCGUGCGCUGGCGCACCAAACAGAAUCUGGACUACAUGUACCUGAUGACAUAUGCAGCGAGUCGGGGCAGCUACUAUCUGCAGCUCGAGGAUGAUUUGUCGCCGGCUGUGGGCUAUUUGGACUAUAUCAUCAAAUUGUCGACAAUGCAAAGUAACUUUCGUUUGGCCGAAACCCGACAUCGUCAAUGGAUUGUCAUGAGCUUUUGUGAGCUGGGCUUCAUCGGCAAAAUGUUCCGCUCGACAGAGAUAAAACCAUUUCUGUCUCACGUGCAGAACUUCUACAAUGAUCAGCCCAUCGACUGGCUGCUCGAGUCGUACGUGAAGCUCAAGUGCUGCCCUUGGGAUAGCUUUCAGAGCAAGGAGUGCAUUAGGGACUAUCAAAGGUAUGCUAUACACGCCUCCCAAAGUCAGUUUCAGCACAUUGGCGUCGAGUCCUCGCUGCGCGACAAGAAGCAGAGGCUGUUGGACAGUCAUUUUCGGGUUGAUUCCGGACGCUUGCGCAUGAGCCACUUGCGCCAGCCGUUCAACUUGAUCAACGCUCACAAGAACACCUUACUGCAGGAUCGACAGUACCUGAAGCACGGCGAGACCUUCUUCUGGGUCUACAUGCCGUACGUGACCUCGCUGAUGCGCUACCUCAUUCAGCACCAAUACGAUCCCGGCCAGAUUCGCAUACGCAGCGGCCCCAACAACGAGCACAAGUUCGCAGACUUGACUGUCGAUUUUAUGAACAAAGAGCCGAAGUUCGCUUGGAAUGGAUCUGAGAAGCAGCGCUGCGGCUUCGUCAUUAGCUAUACGCAUCAGAUGGCCCUGAUGCCGCCCUAUUUCCUCUUUUUCUUCAUGAGGGAGAGCGAAGAGACUUCAAAUGAAACCUUUUGGUUCCGGCGCUUCAGUUGGAGCAAAGCAACGACUGCUAAACCUGGACACUGGGUCAUCAAUGGUCUGCUCUUGCUAAUGAUUUUGAUUUAA